AGGCACACAACGUCUCGCCCGUCAAGUUGGAAUGGGUCGUGCAAUGGAGAUAAUUCUCGCAGCUCACGAUUUUGAUGCUGAUUUAGCGGAGAGAUAUGGCUCCAUUAACCGCGCUCUAAAUCCAGACGAGAUCGGACCAUUUGUUGAAGAACUCGCCAACCGUAUCGCCAAGUUUCCGGCUGGAUCAAUCACCGCGUGCAAAAGAUGUGUCAUUAAGGUAUACUAUGCUCAGAAUAAGCCAAUUCAGAGUUCCAACGGCACAUCCAAAUGAUACGUUCCGCGUCGGGAUCAGUGAAAUAGAGAGUUUAAGCAAGAGAACGAAGUCGGACGACGACGACGUGGUUGACAAUUUUUGCCUGUCUUGCACAUUAUCUUGCGCAUUCUGAGUUUAGGGUCAGGGGUAAAGACAGAUUCAGAGAUUUAUGUCUAGCUGUUUAUGAAUGCUGACCCAAUCCUUACCCUGAUCAGGACAAAACAGCGAGACAUGAAUCCAUAUCCCGUCUUCGUUCUUCUGCCUUCGUUCACAACGAAUAUUUUGGCAAAAUUUGUUGUGAACUUCAUUCCGAACGAAGACAGAAGGACAAAGACAGGAUAUAGUUUCAUGUCUCGCUGUUUUCUUCUGGGUCAGGGCAAGAAUUAGAGUCAGUACACACAAACAGCGACACAUGGGAAGACACGCUGAGCAACCACCAACGACGUCCAACUCAGUAUGCGCAAGAUAAUGUGCAGACGGCAAAAAUUGUCAAGUACGCCUUCGUCUUCGUACUUCGUUGUCUUGCUCAAACUCUCUAACUGAAAACCUCUAACUGGAAAUUUUAAGCCAAACUUGAAUGGCACGGUUAAUUAAUCCGUCAACAUGAAUAUGUGUUCUUGAAAACUGGCUUAAGAUUUACAAAAAAACCUUUUUAACAGCACUGCAUGGAAACAUAAUAAUAAUUAAUACAUUUAUUCAUGCAGGUAAGACUUCCUAGUAGACUUUACUUUUGGUUUUUUCUUGUUUGAACGACUCGCGAAAGAAUCGCGAAGAAUAAACACGCGAGUCAGAUUUGGCUUGAAGAAAAUGAUAUCCUGUUUGUCCGAAGGUGGCCUUUCCAGUUAUUCAUUUCGCUGAUCGGGAUAAAUUGCAGCUGAACUAUAACCGGUAGUUGAAACUGAAAGAAUUAAAAUAUAUUACAUAUAGAAGAAUUCAUUUGAAUAUGCAAAAAGUUAGUCAAAGAACAAUUUGUUCCCGCGCGGUCGACUGGUUUUAAAUUGGAAAAUAUAAUCCCUUAAGUUUACCCAUAGUCUAUCGAAGGGAAGAUGGCUGUGAAACUCAUUAUAAUAACAAUAUUUAUUUUUUAUCAGUGAAAAUGAAGCAAUCUGAUUGGCUGAGGAGCCCUUCAGAGCGGGCCGGUUUUUUGCAUCCGGCCCGCUCUGAAACGCAACUGCCCGCUGUGAAAUGCAACUGCCCGCUCUGGUUUUCGCGGCAAAAACUGAGGAGUGAAACAAUUUUUAAACGAAAAAAUCUGCCAAAAACGUUUGAAAAACAUAGCCUAACGAUAGUCAGAAUACAAAAAUGAAUUGCACCAAGCCCUAAAGGCUUCAUACUAAGCACGAUGUUCACGAGAAUUGACCAUUUGCGUAAUAGACUAAAUUUUGAUCUCAACAAAAAUUUCAUCACAGCUUGAAAGAGCAUCACAAAAUUAGUAAUAUUCCAAAGUUUCGUUGCAAAAUGUUGUAAAAUGCGGAAAAUAUAGCCUUGCGAAAUUUGCAAUUUUCAGUCAUUUUAGAUUACAAACCGGAAAUUGACAGCCUCGAAGGGUUUGGGGCUGUCAAUUUCCUGUUUGUAAUCUAAAAUGACUGAAAAUUGCAAAUUUCGCAAGGCUAUAUUUUCCGCAUUUUACAACAUUUUGCAACGAAACUUUGGAAUAUUACUAAUUUUGUGAUGCUCCUUCAAGCUGUGAUGGAAUAUUUGUCUAGACUUGUUUAGUUCAAAAUUUAGUCUAUUACGCAAAUGGUCAAUUGGAAAUACUUUGAUUGAAAUGCGACUGAAAGUCGGAAAGUAGUUGACAUGUAUAAAAAUUACGUCGAGGAAACUAUAUAUUUUUUAAAUGCUCAUGUAUUCGGCCACUUAAAAGCGAAAAAAUUACAGCUUAAACAGAUAUUGUAAAAUAAAUGUUUUCCCAUUUAAAAGAAGGUUUAACUGCAGCAGUGAAAACAACUCACGAAUAUAUUCUCUACCCAUUUGUGUCAUGUAUUUUUCGCUGAUAUAAAUAUUGUAAACAAAGUAAAAGUUUGUGUUUAAAAACACUUUUUUCAAGCAUGUUAUCGUGAAACGACAAGAAAAAUACAAAAAUAUAAAAAUAACAUACCUUUUUCAUUGUCUUUUUUGUAGAAAAACGUUAAUUAAAUUAAAUCAAAACAGAUUCAUUUUUACAUGUUUUUGAUCGGAUCUGAACAUGAACCUGUCGUUGUCAGGAGCAACUUGUCAAAGCCAAAGCCAAAACGCCAGCAAUAAAAAGAUUUUAUUCCAAAGCUUCUCUCAGUUCUCUGCUACCAUAUUCAUGAAAAAGCAUGUACAUUUUUACUGAAACUAUACGUCUUUUUGUGUGUUUCUUGGCAGUUUUCUCGAGUUUUCGUAUUCGUGUUUUAUAUCUUUUAACUUUUCAAUUUUUGUCAGCCUCGCUUUGAAAAUACACAACUGCACUGAUCUCAAAUUAGUUCGCAAGCAACACUGGAAUUUUAAUCAAUUUAAUUUUUACAUCUGAUAAAAAAUAAACACGUUAUUUACCGGCAGCGUCGGUCCGGAUGAGAAAAACUGUGCCCUCGGUCUUGAAAACGUCCCUCGCCCUUCGGGCUCGGGCCGUUUUCAAGACUUCGGGCACAGUUUUUCUCAUCCGGACCUCGCAGCCGGUAAAUAACAUAUAUGUACUCAUCUAUGUUAGUCAACCUUUAUUCAUAAAUCCGGCCCUUCACCGUCACGUGCGUAUUGUAUUUUUGCCCAACUAACCAAUAUAGUAAUGUUUCAGGGUAAAUUGGAAAUUGCUAUUGGCAGAUUUGGCUGAAAAAUACAUGCAAUACGCACGUGAAGGACCAGAUUUAUGAAUAAACGUUGACUUACAUGGAUAUCAUGUUAGUUAUUAUAUUGCCGGAUUAUUCUAGUGAGUUUCACGGGCAUCUUCCCUUCGAUAGGCCAUGGUGGACAGUUCUGUUGGGGCUAUAAGUGAAACCAUGAAACAGUUCAACACUUUGAUAUGCAUAUUUUGAUACUUCCAAUCUCAGCUACAAUAUUAUGAUUGAACUGCAAUUACAGUAGAUAUAGGUUUGAUUAUUAGGUAGGUCAGUAGUUCCCGAUGCAGCCACUCGUCCCGUAUAUAUAGGCCUAUAUUGGUAAGGACAUUGUGGUAAACGCAACUGCCGUUUUCUAUACACACUUUAAGUCGUUUACAAUGUUCCUUUAGGCGGUGGAGACUCCAAUAGAGGAUGGUCUCAAAGAGGAAGCGUACCAAUUAGGUCAGGCAAUGGCGUCCACUCCUGCAGCCAAACGAUUUGCAUUUGGUAAGGAACAAGGAAUUCAGAAUGACUUGGAAACUCAGAAAAAUUGGGAUAAUGGAGUUAUGGACAUUCAAAGCAUUCAAUAAUGAUUAGGUAUAUUUGAAACACUCAUUCUCAAAAGCCCCUAGCUUUUGGGGAUGAUCAAUUACUCACUCAAUCAAUCAAAACCAGAUAUGGAGAUAAAAAUUAGUUUUUGAUCAUUUUUCGUUAGUUUUUGGUGAUUUUGAAAAUUGUGGUAAUGAUUAUGGUAAUUUUUCAGCAUUUGAAACUAAUUCAUAUUAUAAUAAAUAUAUAGAGCUUGGCUGUAAUAAAUGUAGUUAUCAUGUAGACAUAGUUACCAUCUGUAACUUAUUAGCUGUUUCUGAUGAGGUUUCAGUCUUCCAAAUUUCCUAUUCUCAAUCCUACUUUCUGAAACUUUUGUCGAGAUCACUUUUACGAGUGAUUACAAGACAAGUUUGGAUGGUCCUGGCCACUAAGAGAUGCUUGGCUUUGGUGUUAUAGGAUUAAGGGGAAGUGAUAAAAUGGACUUGUACGGUUGUGGACAGUGAAAUGAAUGUACUGGAACCUCAUGCGAAGAGCACGGUCAAUCCGUCAACAUGAAAAUGUAUUCUUAAAACCAGCUUACAAUUUACAAAAUACAACUUUCUA